UGUAGCGAACGAGAGAGAGUGAAAGAGAGAGAGAGAGAGAGAGAGAGAGAGAGAGAGAGAGAGAGAGAGAGCAAUCAACGGAAUCCUACAGCCUACACUCCCUCCUCACUGUGAAAGGGACUCCCGAGCGAAGGACAGAACGCGAAUCCCUCUCCUCCUACGCUUUUUGACUCUGUCUGUCCAUCCGUCCGGGCAUUCUCCCCAUCCAUCUGUCCAGCGGAGCGGGUCCCCACAAGUCACGUCAGUGACAUCGCAACCUUGGGCCUCGGCUAGCCGAAGGUUCGAUUUCUGAGGAGGAAAAGACCCUUUGAAGAGGCACCCCCACCUCUGAAUUUGGGGCGCAGAGGCAGAACUGGAUCCAUCUCAGUGCAAGAUCCUGACCGGACGGGCGUCGAAAGAGGGCCGGAAUCCCCCAAAGCUCGACAACGUCCGGCUCGCACCCCCGCUGGCCAGCAGAUACUUCACAGCCAUGGCCACCAACAGAGAGCGGCAGGUCGGUCACAUGACCGGCUUCCCGCCCGCCGUCUACCCCUUCGCCUUCAACUCCAUCCGCAGCCACUCCCCUUUCGACCUGCUGGCCAAUGGCAGUCUGUUCGGCAGGUUUGGGGCGGACCUUCCCAAAGAGAUGGCGGCACUGUCGGUGGAGACUCAGAGCACGAGCUCGGAGGAGAUGGUGCCCAGCUCGCCCUCUCCGCCCCCGCCCCCGCGCAUCUACAAGCCCUGCUUCGUGUGCCAGGACAAGUCCUCCGGCUACCACUACGGGGUCAGCUCCUGCGAAGGCUGCAAGGGCUUCUUCCGCCGCAGCAUCCAGAAGAACAUGGUGUACACCUGCCACCGCGACAAGAACUGCCAGAUCAACAAGGUGACCCGCAACCGGUGCCAGUACUGCCGGCUGCAGAAGUGCUUCGAGGUCGGCAUGUCCAAGGAAGCUGUGCGGAACGACCGGAACAAGAAGAAGAAGGAGGUGAAGGAGGAGGUGAUCCCCCCGGAGAGCUACGAGCUGAGCAGCGAGCUGGAGGAGCUGGUCAACAAAGUGAGCAAAGCGCACCAGGAGACCUGCCCGUCACUGUGCCAGCUGGGGAAAUACACCACCAACUCCAGCGCAGACCAUCGCGUGCAGUUGGACCUGGGUCUCUGGGACAAGUUCAGUGAGCUCUCUACCAAGUGCAUCAUCAAGAUCGUCGAGUUCGCCAAGCGCCUCCCGGGAUUCACCUCGCUCACUAUUGCAGACCAGAUCACCCUGCUCAAGUCUGCCUGCCUGGACAUUCUGAUGCUGCGGAUCUGCACCCGCUACACCCCAGAACAGGACACCAUGACCUUUUCCGACGGCCUGACCCUCAACCGCACGCAGAUGCACAACGCCGGUUUCGGUCCGCUCACGGACCUGGUGUUCGCUUUCGCCGGCCAGCUGCUGCCGCUGGAGAUGGACGACACGGAGACGGGGCUCCUCAGCGCCAUCUGCCUCAUCUGUGGAGACCGCAUGGACCUGGAGGAGCCGCAGCGCGUGGACCGGCUGCAGGAGCCCCUCCUGGAGGCCCUGAAGAUCUACGCCCGGCGCCGGCGCCCCAACAAGCCCCACAUGUUCCCCCGCAUGCUGAUGAAGGUCACCGACCUCCGCGGCAUCAGCACCAAGGGGGCGGAGAGGGCCAUCACUCUGAAGAUGGAGAUCCCGGGCCCCAUGCCGCCGCUCAUCCGCGAGAUGCUGGAGAACCCGGAGGCCUUCGAGGACAAGCCCGAGCCCGGGGAGAGCGCCGCCGCGGCAGCCCCGCCCCCCGCCCCGCCCCCCGCCGCCGCGCCCCGCCAGACGGAGGAGGAGGAGGGCGCGGCCCUGGAGAGCGGCGGGGAGCCCAACCCGGACGAGGACGAGGACGACGAUGACGACGACGGGGAGGAGGAGAGGGGGGCGGACAGCGACGGGGAGGCCUGGGGGCUGGCGCCGCUCGAGGGCGCGGGGGCCCCCCGGAAGAGCCAGGCGGGCCGGGCACAGUGAUCAGCGCGGCUAAGCGCGACUUCCUGUUAAAGCCCCUCCCCUCGUCCCCCUCCCCCCCCAAAAAAAGACCCAGCACUGCUUAUUCUCGGUGCCUGUCUCCCUCCCUGACCUAUUUCUCAUUCUGUCAUAGUCCCAACCCCCCCCCAAAAAAAAGACUGGGGAAGGACGAGAACAGAUGCCUGGCAGAUACCAGGCUGAGAAACGCACGACAGGAAAGGAAACGAAAGCAACAAAAAAAAAGAAUAUCUCAAACUCGCGGCCACAGGGCAAGAGAGGACAGACGCAGACGUUUUCAGACAGAGACAGUGCUCUUUAUUGCUUUUGCUGUCUUGUUCGCAUUAUGAAAGAAAAGGCAGGAAAUGCCAAAGCGGAGAAGCUUCAGCUUCGAGUCGAGGACUCCCGCUGAAGCACUCGCUCACCUCCUCACAGGGCCCUCUCUGAGGUGCAAUGUUUCAGGGAGCCACUAGGGGGUGGAAAAACAACACUUAUUGAAAAAAGAAAAACACCAGAACUUAAAACGACAACCGUAUGUUGUUGAUGCUUUUGACAAUUGAUUUACUUAGCCAUUGUUUGACACAUUUUUUUUUCUAUUUUUUUUUGGUUUUCUUAUGGCAUAUGUACACGCCCAUAUAUAUCUGUAUACCUAUUAUAUAUGUCUCUUUUUUUUUUGCAUAUUCUUGCUUUAGUAAUGUUUGUGUUUGAAGAGAUUUCCAGAACCCAGACACAGAGAGGGAACUCCUGACUCAGAUCUCCUGCACCCCCACCCUCUGACCUCUUAGCUGUGGUUUUUGGGUAAUUUGAAUAGUCACAGUUUGGAAUGACAGCCAAACUCAGCAACAAGCAUGUGAACAACCCAUUCAAGGAACAAAUGCAUGUUAUACAGGAAACCGGGGUGUGGCUUGGCAUCUUCUCAUUGGCUGAAUUGUGACAGAACGUGCAGCCAAUUGGAUGAUGCUGUUGCGCCAAGGCGAGAUGGGCUUUUUCUUUUACUUGUUUUAUCGAUUGCAGUGUGGAGAAGCACGGUGCCACACCAGCUGCAGACUAGCUGCGGGCUCUGCCAUUCUGGGGGAGCCCUAGCUGCGCACCCCUGGUCUAGUCCUGCCAACAAUAUUUUCCCCCAACUGACCACAGUCACCUUCCCCUGCCCACCGGUUUUCCCGCUGUACUCUGAUGGCUUCCUUAUGGCCGCCAUUUUAAGUUUCUGCCUUUGGCGACAGCUUCUGCCCCUUCAAGGGUCUGCAGUGUUGGACAGCACAGAAAACCGCGAGUACAACAGAGACGCAGUAGCUCCUGCAUGCAGGAACCCACGUCGACAGCAGGACGCUGGCUAUUAUCGGUGUGUGUGCUGUUCCUCAUGCUAGAGAGGGACUGACACUCAAUCAAAAGUCAUCAUGCACACACCUGCAGGGAUCUUGUAUAAGUCAGUAGAUAGUUGUGUUCAGUCGCCAGCUUAGACCGGGGUACUCACGCGAAUCACAGACUCAGGGCUACUCUGUAAGGACCAAACCCCUGCCGCCCACGGGCAUGCUGGGAAGGGCAAUAACUGUGCGUGCGGGCGGGUUCCUCUGCCCACACCACCUCGGAAACCACAGGCAAAUCUAUGAAAAGGAGACAGCCAUCAAAGAUUCUCUGUCUGAGCGGGCAACACCAAUAUAUGCACGGUGUGUGUGUGUGUGUGUGCGUGUGUGCGCGCGCACAUAGUGUGUGUGUUUUUUUGUGUGUGCGUGCGUGUGUGCGUGCGUCCUUUGUCAGAUGAGUUCUUAUAAGUGCUACUACAAAGUAGAGCAGUAUGGAUUAAUCCCUCCCCUUCACAUUAGGAAAGGUUAAAAAAAGGCAAACAGAAUUUAUUAAUAAUAAUAAUUAAGUAUGGCUAAUUUGAAUAAUCGGUCAUUUUUAUUGCAAUAGAAACAACAAAAAUGUGUCUCAUUUGUAUAGAUUCUGGCUUCAUCCCAUUUGGCAGGGCCAUAUGGCUCUUGUGUGUAAUCUCUAUUUUUAUCAGUAGAACUGAGUAAAACCAGUUUCUCCAUUCCGUCUCUGUGGCAGGGAUCUGUCUCUCAGUGGUGAGUGUGUUGUCACACAGGAAGGCAGUUUUCAUCUCAGUUUAUCACAGCGACCAAGAUGAUCUACAGACUGCUGGGUAAAUUAUGUGGGAGGGGGGAAGAAAGGUUUUUGAAUAACAUGAAAUAUAAAUCAAAAUGAUAAUCAACUUUGAUAACAGAACCAUGCAUAGCUAAAAGGACAUUAAGGAGCAGUGUUCUGUUGGUGUAGUUUCCAGUGGGAGUGUAUCAGCAGUGCUCCUCUUCCAUGAAAGCUAUAUUUAGCAUAACAUGUAUAAAGUGUGUGUGUGUGUGUGUGUGUAGGUGGGUUUGUGUGUGUUAACAAAAAGAAAUUUUGGAGCCAUGGCCAUAAUUCAUAUUUUUAGAGGUGCUUUGUUGAAAUUGGAGCGUAAUAGCAAUACUAACAUUUGCAAUGACUCAAGAAUGCAGUAAUAAUUUGAAAGUGUUGAGAGAUGUGUUAAUGUAGCCAUGUAGCACAGUGCUGGAAAGCUCAGGAAGUCAACGGAAUCAAAGAUUUUGCAGGCUAAAACAAACAUUCGAGAACUCGAGUUCGAUGCACUCAGUAAAAUUUAAUUUGUUGUUUGUUAUCAAAUAUGCUUAUACCAUUUAUUUUAAAACAGGGAUUUCUUUGUGGAAUAAGCUCGUUUAAAGCCCUUCGGUUGUCACAGUGUUAAUCAGCCCUGCACUGUAAUGAACACGCCGGAUAAUUCACACUAUAGUAGCCUACAGAUCCAGAUCGCUGUUCACAAAAAACUUAAUCUGAUAACUCGGAAUACGUGUUUGUUUUGUCCUUCAUUUUGUAUUUCUACGCUUUCAUCGCUAUUAUUGUCGGUAGCCUAUUGUCUUUUUAGACAAAAGCUUGAGGAAAUUUUGGGGGUCUUUAAAAAAGGGUUAGACUCGCUUUUGCGAAUGUACCAGGCUUCCAUUUAAAGAUGUAUUUCGUUAUGUUGGCGUUUUUUAAUUUUAUAUAUUACUGUAUUAUUAUAAUUAUUAUUGUUGUUGUUAUUAUUGUAUCUUUUUUGUCUAAAAGUCAGAUAGAUUAGAACUACAAAUUCAGGGAUUUCAAAAAAAGCCUUUCUUGUUCGUUCGUUUCUAUAAAAAAAAAAAACGUGAAGUCCCUAGUUUGUUGGUUUGGCCAUGGAAUACAUGAUAUUGUUGCUUGUGUUCUCUAAACUUGUUUUGUAUGUUUCUUACGUGCCUUUGUAUUCCUCUGGCAGCAUUAGUGUCUGUUGGGACAAAACUGAUGUGCGUCACUAAUGGACUUAUGUUAUCUCUCACAGCAAUCACAGUCAAAAUAUGCAAAUUUUAAAAAUGCUACUGUUCGGAUUUUCUCCGAUUGCCCUGUCCGUUCACACCAAGCCAAAAACCUGACAGUUGUGUUCUUCCCGGAAGCUGUUCUCCCUCAUUCUUUCCACUUGGACAUUUUACGAAUGUUAUGAUUUUAUAAAGAAAUGUUUCACUGAAAAA